AUGCGUAACGGUAUCCUCGCCCUUGGUGCGCUGGCGGGCAUCACCAGUGCUCGCUUCAUCCCCAGGCAGAGUAAUGGCACCGAAAAGAUCCCGGCAUAUCGCAACGCCUCCCUCUGCAUAGAUGAGCGGGUGGACGACCUUCUGGCCCGCAUGACGCUGGCCGAGAAAGCAGGCCAGAUGUUCCACGCCAGGACAUACAUCGGAAACGGCACUCUCGACAAUACCCUUGACGGCAACCUCGACGACCAGGUCCUCGAGGACAUCAGCGAGAGGUCCAUGACUCAUUUCGUACUGACGGGAGCUAUCGACGACACAAGGAACACGGCUGAGUGGUACAACAACCUGCAGAGGCACGCCGCCGAAACCGGCCUCGGCAUCCCCAUCACCAUCUCGGUGGACCCUCAACACGGCGUGACCACGCAAACAGCCGUGUCAUUCGUGGCCAAGGCCUUCUCUCGUUGGCCCGACCCGAUGGGCGUCGCCGCCCUGCGCUCGCCCGAGCUGACCCGCAAGUACGCCGAGGUCGUCCGCGAGGAGUACAUGGCCGUCGGAAUCCGCCAGGCGCUUCAUCCCCAAAUCGACCUGUGGACAGAGCCCCGAUGGGGCCGCGGCAGCGCCGGCUUCAGCGAGGAUGCUGCUCUUACCAGCCAGCUCGGCGUUGAAUGGAUCAAGGGGCUGCAGGGCGACAAGCUUGGCCCUCGCUCCGUGGUCGCUACUACAAAGCACUUCCCCGGCGGUGGUCCCAUGGAGAACGGGGAAGACUCGCAUUUUGAGUGGGGGAAGAACCAGACCUACCCGGGCGACAACUUCGACCAUCAUCUGAUCCCCUUCAAGGCGGCUAUCGCCGCCGGCACCGCCCAGAUCAUGCCCUACUACUCCCGCCCCAUCGGCACGCAGUGGGAGGAGGUUGCCUUUGGCUUCAACAAGGGCAUCGUCACGAACCUGCUGAAGGAGCAGCUCGGUUUCGAAGGCAUCGUUGUCACGGACUGGAACAUUGUCAAACAGCGCUUCUGGGGCCUCGAGGAGGCUUCCGAGAAGGAACGCACGCGGCGCGUGAUCGAAGCUGGUUGCGACAUCUUUGGCGGCGCCGACGGCUUCCCGGACCUGAUCGUCGAGCUGGUCGAGGAGGGAGCCAUCACCGAGGAGCGAAUCGACUAUUCGGUGCGCAAGCUCAUGAAGGAGAAGUUCGAGCUCGGCCUAUUCGAUAACCCCUACGUCGACGUCGAAGCCUCUGUGAAGACCGUCAACAACCCCUACUUCGCCCGCCUCGGCCGGGAGCUGCAGCGUCGUUCCCUGACCCUCCUUACCAACGACGGCAUCCUGCCCCUUCCGCCCUCUGCCCGAUCGGCCAAGUUCUAUGUGGAGGGAAUCCCCGAGGAUGUCAUGGAGUCCUACGGCCUUGCCGUCGUCGGUACUCCCCAGGAGGCCGAUUACGCCUUGCUGCGACUGCGCUCCCCUUACAAGCCCACCAGCAUCGUCGGGCCCCUGGGCGAGAUCAACAACGGUACCAUCGAGUACAACUCGACGGAGAAGGCGCGGCAGUCCGAGAUCUACGGCGCCGUCCCUACCGUGGUGGACAUCAAGUUCAACCGGCCACCUGCCGUACCGGAGAUCGUCGAGCAGGCGUCCGCGCUGCUCGUGAACUACGGCUCGACCCCCGAUGCCUUUCUCGAUGUCGUCUUUGGCAUCGACGGGUGGGCCCCCGAGGGAAAGCUACCCGUUGAGGUGCCCCGAUCCCAAGCUGCCGCGGAUGCCCAGUUUGGGGACGUGCCCUUUGACAGCGUCGACCCGUUGUUCAGGUUUGGGCAUGGAUUGAGGUAUACUGAUGCCUGUACGGGCGGGUGUAAGAACAGGCGAUAG